AUUAUGGAUGAGGUCAAGGAAGGUAUACAGUAUGCUUUCCAGACCAAGAAUGAGUGGACAUUUGCAAUUUCAGGGAGUGGCCAUGCUGCAAUGGAGGCUGCGGUAGCGAAUAUCUUGGAGCCGGGAGAAAUCGCUCUCGUGGGUGAGAAUGGCAUCUGGGGUCAGAGGUUAGCUGAUAUGGUCGACAGAAAUGGUUCCAUUGUAAAGCCGCUUGUCCGCCCCUUUGGAGAAGUCUUCACACUCGAGGAAAUAGAGAAGGGAUUGAAAGAACACAAGCCUGCUCUAGUAUUUGUCACUUAUGGAGAGUCUUCGGGAGGAACACGGCAGCCGCUGGAGGGUCUUGGAGAUCUGUGUCAUAAGUACAACGCCCUCUUGUUGGUGGAUUCUGUGGCAAUUCUUGGAGGCUACCCAUUAUUUAUGGAUGAUUGGAACAUUGACGUACUGUAUUCAGGAUCUCAGAAAGUUUUGAGUGCUCCGCCAGCGACAAGUCCGAUUUCCUUCUCUCAGCGAGCCAGGGACAAGAUCGCCAGCAGGAAGACACGAGUCAGAUCUUACUAUUUUGAUGCCAAAGAACUGGCUAACUACUGGGGUUGUGACAAUGAGCCUCGUAGAUAUCACCACACAGGUUUUAUCAGCAGCAUAUAUCAGUUACGUGAAGGGUUGGCACGACUAGCUGAAGAGGGUUUGGAAAAGUCCUGGGAGGACCACAGAGUCUGCUCAGAGUUGUUGUACGAAGGCCUAGAAAAACUUGGCCUAGAACUCCUGGUGAAAGAUAAGACAAUCAGAAAUCCAUGUGUAACACCAGUCAAAGUUCCUCAGGGUGUCAACUGGAAGGACGUUGUUGAUUAUGCUAUGAAAAACUACCGUUUAGAGCUAGCUGGAGGUCUGGGUGAUCUUGCUGGAAAAGUCUGGCGAAUUGGCGUGAUGGGGUACAACUGCACGCCAGAUAACAUUCGGCUGACUCUGAGGGUGUUGGGUGAGGCCCUGGACAGUGUCCGCAAGUAA